CUCAAGGAAAAGAAAGUUGGCUAUAAAAUCACUUCAUUAUUUGCUUGUACCGCGGCUCCGGGGCUAAUCCCUCCGGAGGUCAGAUUGCUGAGCGCUCUCUCUCUCUCCCUCUCUCUGCUUUCAGGUCGGAUUUUAGACAUCCCUUGCAAAGUGUGUGGGGACCGCAGCUCCGGGAAACACUACGGGGUUUACGCCUGCGAUGGGUGCUCGGGAUUUUUCAAGCGGAGCAUCAGGAGGAAUAGGACCUAUGUGUGCAAAUCGGGAAAUCAGGGAGGGAAGGCCAGCCAAGCACCGUGGGGUACCCGGUGCAGGACCCCACGGUGACCCCCUCACCUCUCCUUGGUGCCCCAAGCUGUGCAGCACGAGCGGGGCCCCCGGACGUCGACUAUACGGAAGCAGGUGGCCCUCUACUUCCGCGGGCACAAGGAGGAGAGCGGCGGUGCCCCCCACUUCCCCGCCGCCGCCCUGCCGGCCCCUGCCUUCUUCACCGCCGUCUCCCAGCUGGAGCCCCACAGCCUGGAACUGGCCGCCGUCGCCAGCACCCCUGAGAGGCAGGCUCUGGUGGGCCUGGCGCAGCCCACCCCAAAGUACCCACAUGAAGUCAACGGUACCCCUAUGUAUCUCUACGAAGUGGCCACCGAAUCCGUCUGCGAGUCAGCAGCCAGACUUCUGUUCAUGAGCAUCAAGUGGGCCAAGAGCGUCCCAGCCUUCUCCACCUUGUCCUUACAAGACCAGCUGAUGCUUUUGGAAGAUGCUUGGAGAGAACUGUUUGUUCUAGGAAUAGCACAAUGGGCCAUUCCAGUUGAUGCUAACACUCUACUGGCUGUAUCUGGCAUGAAUGGUGACAAUACAGAUUCUCAGAAGCUGAAUAAAAUUAUUUCAGAAAUACAGGCUUUACAGGAGGUUGUGGCUAGAUUUAGACAACUUCGGCUAGAUGCUACCGAAUUUGCCUGUCUCAAAUGCAUUGUCACUUUUAAAGCCGUGCCUACACACAGUGGUUCCGAACUGAGGAGUUUCCGAAACGCUGCCGCCAUUGCAGCCCUUCAAGAUGAAGCCCAGCUCACUCUGAACAGCUACAUUCAUACCAGGUACCCCACACAACCCUGUCGUUUUGGAAAACUUUUAUUGCUUUUACCAGCUUUACGUUCGAUUAGUCCAUCUACGAUAGAAGAAGUGUUUUUCAAAAAGACCAUUGGGAAUGUACCAAUUACAAGACUGCUUUCAGAUAUGUACAAAUCCAGCGACAUAUAAAUCACCUUAAAAUAAACAAUCAGGAUGGACAGUUUGAGAAGAACUUUUAUCUAUGGAGAAUAAGCCUCAACUAACAAAAUCUACAGGAAGCAUAAGCCUGGGAAUGUUUAGCCUUUAAACCCAUUGACAAAAAAUACCCCAGUAGAUAUGAUUCUGCUGCUCUGAACAGAGUGAUUUAGAUCAUGGAGAGAAUGCUUUGUUCUACAGAAAAAGUGAAAGUGGUUGGAAUUUGGCUGCUAUUCCUGUUACUACAGGAUGGAGGCAAUUCAGAUGCCAGUCAUAGUUAACAAAGACUCCGCUAUUCUCCCAUUUAACUGGCAGAUCUGAGACAAAAUGUGAAAGAAGGUACUUUAGUUUGUUCAGUAUUUGGAACCGGGUGACCAAACUUGGCUUCUGUUGUAACAGGAGAUGCGGUGGCCUUCAGAACUGUUUUAAAAGUAGCCUAUGUUGGGAAAAUGUUUGUAAUACGAUAGGCAACAUUUAAGACCAGGUUACCAAAACAAUUGCUUCUGCUAUAAUACGUCAUGAAGUGGCCUUCAGAACUGAUUAAAAAGUAGCUUAUGACGGCAGCUCCAUUCUUCCUGCAGAACAAACUGGUGAUCUUUGAUGCCGAUGUCACCACAAUUUGUUCGGUUAACAUCUCAAAGACAGAAGAGCUUUACACACUUCCUCCCCGACCUUCCCUCCUCCUCCUCCUUCCACACACGCAGACACACAUUCUCACACACACACACCUGAAAAGAUACAAGUCAAGAAAGGAAGACUGAAACAGCAAAACCAAAUACAAUGGAGAUGAGCGCGCCAGCAACCCGCUGGCAGUCCCGGUGGCACAGUGCUGAAACCAAAGGCAACGGUGGCCAAACUCUUUGUCAAUGAGAUGUGCAGAGAAGUGAAAUGACUAUUAAAAAAAUAAAUAAAAUU